AGAUUUUGGAUCAAGGGCUUGGUUGCAGAGUGCCUAUCCUGCUCUAUGAAGGUUGGAAUGAAUCGCGUUCCGUUUCACAUUCCUCUUGCAACUUCCACUCGGUCGCGUCAGCACAAUUGGCGCGGGCACUUUCUGCACAAACUGCAGGAUGCCCUCAAGCCCGCCCAUGCUUGCGCAAGGCAGAUUUCGCAGUCAGCCAGGGGCUACCAUCACCGUUGUCGGCAUGUUUCCACACGCCGCAGCUGCAGUGCAGGCGUUUGCAGGCCAGCCAAAGUGAAGGGGAAGCUGAGGCUAAGAAAUCAGAGGAAAUCAAUUCCUCAGAGGGUGCCGCCAGCGCAGAAAGCCAGGACACAGAGAAGACAGAGAAGACGGAAGAGGCUCCAGACAAGUUGCUCCAGAAAGAACUUGCAGACCUUCAGGAUAGAAGAAGGAGCUCUAUGGUAAGCUUUGCGACCAAGAUGGUGCAGGUCUAAGCUCGGCACUGAGAUCCGGCAGCUUCUCACGAGCUCUGGACAGACACUGCGAGAACAUUUGACCCUUGAAGAUGCCGGCAUAGACUACGACGACUUCGUUCAGGCAUCAUCUUCGGAUUCUGCAAGCCAGGGGUCAGUGUGUCAGGAGCAUCAGCACAGCUGCUGCUGUGCAGAUCUUUCACUCUCCCUUGCAGCUCCUUCUCGCGGCAAGGACGCCAAGGUGAAAGACAGGCAGAGCGGUUAAUAUGUUGAAGGGCAUCUCAUGUGAAACAAGAGAACAUGCGAUUUGGCUGUGGAGCAACACAUGCUGUUGCUCAGGGAGCUGGGGGUCGUCAGGUCGCCGGGGGUAUCCACGCCCCACAAAAAGGGAGCCGAUUGGAGCUAUAGGGAGUCCCCCAACGGAGGAUGGGUUCCAGAAAGGUUGGCUGCUCACUAUCCCAGCGCACCGGUUAAUCCCAUCAUAAGGGGCCGGUGUUAGCUGGGAUGUGGAAGACAUGGAAACCUGAACUCAGUGGGUAGCCCAGCGCACCGGUUAAUCCCGUCAUAAGGGGCCGGUGUUAGCUGGGAUGUCGAAGACAUGGAAACCCGAACUCAGUGGGUAGACCUAAACACAGUGUGUAGCCCAGAUUCUGCACCUUUUACCACUCCAGCGGCAUGUUUAGAACAAGAGGAUACCAAUGGGUGUGGGUCGAGCGACUCAAUCGGAAACCGUCAUUGAAGUGUGGUGUGUAUUGGUAAACUGUCAUGAGACUCGUUCUAUUUUUUGAUGACCCUUCGACUGACUUAGCAGCGCCAGGUAUAGAUGAGAGACCCGGAUGGCUUCUGAUCGAGUAGAUGCCUUGCCCAUCGUGAUGGAGAGACAGGACGCACGACGACCU